AUGUUGACGGCUAAAGCAAAUAUUAAAGAAAUGGAAUCUUAUGGACAAGCAGGAAAAGUUGCCGAAGAAGUAUUCUCUGCUUUUCGAACUGUACUGGCAUUCAACGCACAAAAUAGUGAGCAGACACGAUAUGCAUCAAAGCUUAAAACUAUAACCAAAUACGCAGUUCGCAAAGCCUUGAUUUAUGGUUUUUAUCUUGGGCUUUUAUUUACGAUAACAUACUGGACGACUGCACUUGGUCUUCUGUCAGGAGCAUGGCUUAUAAAUGCUGGAAAGCAUGCGACACUCAAUAUUGGUAAAAUCGUUGUGGAUCAUGUGAAAAAAUCGACGAGACAAUUUAAACUUUCAACGGAACUAUCAGUAAGUGAAAAUGCAGUGACAUUAACACCCGGCUAUCCAAUAAAAGUAACGUUUGACAAUGUCUCAUUUUCAUAUCCGAGUCGAGCAGAAAAAUCUGUAUUAAAUAAUGUAUCGUUUACAAUUCAUGCUGGUAAAACAGUGGCACUUGUAGGAAGUUCAGGAAGUGGUAAAAGUACAUGCGUUCAACUUUUGCUUCGUUUCUACGAAUUAACUAAUGGUCAAAUCAAAAUCAAUGAUCGUAAUAUUGCAGAGUUUGAUAUUUAUGAUUAUAAUCAAGCUAUAGGAGUUGUCAGUCAGGAACCGAUACUAUUUGCAACUUCCAUUCAUGAAAAUAUUCAUUUUGGUAAAAAAAAUGCAACACAAGACGAUGUUAUCGAAGCAUCCAAACAAGCUCAUGCUCAUGAUUUUAUCAUGAAAUUACCUCAAGGAUAUGACACAAUAGUUGGCGAACGAGGUGUUAAGUUAAGUGGUGGUCAACGGCAGCGUAUUGCUUUAGCACGUGCUCUUAUUCGUAAACCAAAUUUACUCAUUCUUGAUGAAGCAACGAGUGCACUAGAUUCUUCAAGUGAAAAGAUUGUACAGCAAGCACUUGAACGAGCUUCCAAAGGUCGUACGACCAUCGUUAUAGCUCAUCGACUUUCAACUAUACGUAAUGCUGAUUGGAUAGUAGUCAUGAAAGAUGGUGCAGUUAUAGAACAAGGUUCACAUGAUGAUCUUAUGGCUGCAAAUCAUAUCUACUGUGAUCUCUUCAAAAAUUAUCAGGGCGAAAAUCUCAAUGUUCAAUCAUCAGAAGUAGUCAAUAUGCAAGAAUCCGAAGAUUUCUCAAGUGAAACCAUCCGUGAUCAAGAGUUAAAUAGCAUUCGAACAGAAGAAAACGAUGAAAAUGAAAUAUUAUUUGAUAAAGAAGAAACUGAACCUAUGAUCGAUGAGGCAUUUAAUGAAUGCACUGUUUCUGCACAAAUGCAUAAAUUAUACAUUUUCACAUCUAUCAUGCUCGCUUUAGGCAUUGCUGUUGUUAUAUUUACUGUUAUUGCGCAAGGUUGCCUGUCGGUAGCUGGUGCACGUUUAACCAAUAGAUUACGUAUCAAAGCAUUUGGAUGUAUAUUGCGACAAGAAGUCGGAUGGUUUGAUGAAGUUGAAAAUAAUGUUGGUGCGUUGUGCUCACGUCUUUCCACAGAUGCUCUUGAAAUUCAGAAAGUACGUAUGCGAAUAUGA